UGACAAGCGCUGACUUGAAAUGCUGCGCAGUUUACGCGCGUCCAGGAAAGUACAGGGAUUUUUUUUUUUUUAUCCCGUUUACUGACACAAAUGAGGAGUUUUUCAAACAUCUAAUUCGGAGUUUUAGGGUACAAGAGGUAGAUUGGCUCUUGACCAAGAUGCUGGGUGGGACUCACUGUUGAAUUGGACGUUUGUAAAGCCCCCCACUCCUUCCUGUUUGGGUAAGUUUCAGUCUCCGGCAGGGCAGUAUGCUCACUCUUUUGUUUCAUACGAAGGGCCUAGCAAAUUAGCUUAGCAAGCUAGCUAGGAAACCAUGAAUAAAUCAAAGUCGGUAGCUAGCUAGCUUCAUCCAAUAAAUGCAUCACUCCAACCCUCCGUGGUUUGCGGGAAAUCGAUCCCCAACACCUGAAUGGCAAAAACCAGCAAAUAUUAAAUGAUUGCAUUAUUAUAAUCACCAGCCAUCCACCAUUAUUUCCCAAUAAAAGGACGUUACCAUAUCAGCUACAGAUUAAACUGGUCAGUUUAGAAGAGUAUUGGAUAAGGUGCAACUUUUAGAAGGGAAUGGAAUGCGACAUUGUUUUGUGGUAAGCGGCUAACUACCUAGCCAGUUUAGUUUAGUGAACAUCGUGAACUGGUUACAUGAACUAACCAAACCAUAACACGUAUCCUGUAUACACAACUAGGUUAAUCUGAUAACUAGCGAGGUACUGUAGUUCUUCUUGUUGUGGCACGAAUCAUCCUUCACAUUUGACUGGUCGUAGCUGGACUUGAGGGAGUACACCUACGACCGGAAGUGACUUUUGGUAACAGGUGAGGAGAGCGUUUUAGUUCAAUCCUAACCCUUUUCCCCAACCUUAAUUUAAAAUCUCCUAACCUGCCAUGUUAAUUCUCCUAACCUGUUACGGAAAAAGUCACUUCUGGUCGUAGCUCUACUCCCUAGUCAUAACCCAUUUGACUGACGACAAAACAUUUAACUAGCUAGUAGCAGCUAGCAUGGGACUGUCAGCUGUCAUUCCAGGUUACGGAAAGUUAGCUAAACAGAAAUGUAGCUAGCUAAAUGUAUUUGUUUGUGAAAAAAAGGUUCGGAGCCAGUUUGCUAACUUUUGUCACUAUGUCUUUUCUUAACCCAUCUAAAUUAUUUUGAUGCAUUUUCAGUUUACACUUGUAUUAUUUUGGCCACUUUUCCGAAGUCAGGUUGUACUGUAGCUGCUAGUGCCAACGCAUAACCAGCCACUUAAUGAAUCUGCAACAUUCUAGCUGAUAUCACGUCAACUGCAUUACUUUGAACGGUACUAACGGAAAACUGCGUGAACGCUUACAGCCAACGAAAACAACUUUAGUUCACGUUUAGCUUUUAGCUCUGACUUGUGUGCAGUGCUUGUUGCACUCUGAAAGUAGAUUUUCACCGAAGAUAUUUAGCUAGCUAAAUCUAUUUGUUGUUGUCUGUACUCUGCAGCUAGCUAGCUAGAUAAAGUUGCAAUCCACCAAUGUGCUUGGUGUUGAUGAUAGAACCCAAUCUUGGCCUAUAUCCAGUCAUGUUCCCACUGAGGUCAGCUCGAUCAUUUCAAUGUCAUGUAUUUAUCCAACCUUCCUGUAUUUCUGCUCAAUUUCAGUUGCUAUGGAGAAACCGCUGGGGGACUCGGAUGAUUUACAGCCACAGGACCUCUCCUCCACCCGUAGCCUUCCCGCUGUGAUGGACCUGACCAGAAAAGGUGAGGAAUGCCUCCUGAAAGCCAACUCCAUGGAGGCCCUACGGGUGGUCAAGCCUCCCAGCUGGUACCCAAACUCUGGGAGCAGCAAGGGACUCUCCUUCCCCGAGACUGACCAUAUGCUUCAACCAGUAGACCAGAUCCAGCCGGACAAUGCCUUCUCCAACACUACAGUCACCCUCUCGUAUGUGAGCCGGUCUCAUGUCUUCUCCACCCAUGACACUCUCUCCCAGCAUUCCCCUCUCUACGGCGUCCCGUCGAUCAGCAGGUUCUCAACAAUGGAUGGCUACUUGCAGCAGGUGGAUAGGCCUCUGGCCUUAGCGCCUCGGUCUGAAAUGUUUGACUCUAUCCCUCCAGCCCAGGUGGUGGGUGAGAAUGUCCCAAGAGUUUGUCUGAUACAGCAGUCUCAUGAAAUCAAUGGCGAUCGAGUUGCAAGUAACGGAGGAGUGGAGAAAUACAAGCCUCAACAGAGAGGGAGUUCAAUGGAACGCACUCUUUCUCAGGACACAGACAACGAAGGAUUGCAGAACGACCAGGGUAGUAGCAGCUGGUCCAACUCUGCCAUCUGUGUCGAUUCCUCCCCAGAGUCUCUCACUACAGACAUGGAGGAGGGACAGAGGAGGGCUUCAGAACUUAUUUUUCUCAUCUCUAGAACAGAGGAGCCAGUCCUGAUGCAGGACAGCAGGAGUCCCAGGGACCUGUGUUCUCCAAAUAGGGAGUAUAUUAGCCCUCUGGAGGACCCGGUCUCUCCCUCUGUCUCACUGCAUGACGUAGAGGACGGUUUCAUUCUGCCUCAGGCCUCCUGCUCACCCUGCGAUGAGAAUUCUUUAGCAGACGAGACGUCUGAUACCCGCUGGGAUGAGCUGGAGAGAGGAGGGCCUGGGCUGUCUGCAGUACAGGGGACAAGGUCUAAUGGGGAUAAUACACCAAUGUUAGAUUACAGCGAGGACUACCAGAAACCCAAGGCAGCUCCGGAGCCUAUUGUUGACUUGACAGAAGACGAGAGCGCUGUGCCAGAGGUUUUAGAAAAGAAGCCCAGGCAGACGGCUGCUACUCACCUGAAUGGUAAUGUGAAGGCAGAGCAGAGGACUUCAGGGAGGAAACAACUCGCCCCUCGCUCUGGCAGGGGAACCAGGUUAGAGGCCAUAGUGAUGAACAUAAACCCUAACUGGUAUAAAGGAUCCACUAAGAAGCACAAGGCCUCAAAGGCCCAUCCUCAGACAAAUCCCCUGACCCAGAGCAGUCCAUCUAAAGCCGGUGUUAGUCCUAACAAACAGACCUUGUCUGUAGUGAAGAAGGGCGGCCAGAAUAAAGCAGCAUCUAGCGCAGAGGGAGAGGCUAAAGUAAAGGCAGCGGUAGCCUCACCGACAGGUCGUAUGGAUAGCAUUUACAUGAACACAGACAGCUGCAGAGAGUCUACCUCAGAUUCUGAACACACCCGUUUUCCAAAAUACCCAAACAACCACAGCACAUUUCCCAUAACCUCCAGCCUGCCCUUUGCUCCAGACAAUGAUUCAGAGAAGGAGUUGGAACACAGAGAGUCAGGUCCAGAGCCCUCCUCUGAGGUGGCUGUACUGACUGUAUCACCGUCACUUAAAGCAUCUCCAAAGAAACCCGGGAAGCAUAAAGCUAAGACCGCAAGCAGUGAACCAGCUUCUGCCACAGCCAAAUCAAGGAAGGCCCCUGCUCCCAAGAAGAAACGGAAGAAACCCAGACUGGAUCAGUCUUCUAUGUUCUCCCCUCAGGAGCCUGAGAUCAAACUAAAAUACAUCAACUACAAGGAGGAGAAGAGGGACGUGAGGGUGGAAACCUUCUCUCCGUUCAUCCACGUGGAGCGUAAGCCUUCCUCCACCUCCCCCGCCAACUGUGCUGUCAUCAACUACCCAGAGGAGGAGAAGCCCAGGCAGAAGGGCCAGGGGCAACAGCAGGCUGGAGGCUCAGGAUCCGGAGGUUUCAUCCCAGGGGCUGUACCCUCCACCUCCUGCCUCCACCUGGGCCGCAUCUCCACCCACAGCCAGUACCACAGCUCCCUGGUCUGCUGCCUUUGUGGAGGCUCGGCUAACGCCAUGGACCUGGGGGACCUCCACGGGCCCUACUACCCUGAGGGAUACAGACCCAGCACUAAAGCCCCAGCUAGCAAAGCAGGCCUCGAAGAGGAGGAGGAUUUCAGUGACUCUGACUCCUCCUGCAGCGUGAGAGGCCAGGGCAGAAAGUGUGCUCGGCCCCCGGGGGUCCCCUGGCCCCACAAACCUGGCCCCCGGCUGAACCAGGAGGGCCGGCUGGGGAGGUGGACCAGUGACAGUGACCCCUCAGGCAGCCCUCGAGCUAAGAGGGCCAGGACUGAGGCUGGGCCUGGGGUUACAUCUGAGGCCGGGGCUGCAGUGGAUGACUGGUACAUCCCCCCUGUGGUGCCUCUGGACCAGUUUGAGUACUGGCUCCAUGAGGACUGCAGCAUCUGGUCUGCAGGUGUGUUCCUGGUGAAGGGGAGGGUCUACGGCCUUGAAGAGGCGGUCAAGGUGGCUCAGGAGACGGUAAGUGUAAAUCCUGCAGGAUAGAAACGGAUGGAUCUCUGUGUUUGUUGGUCUUUAUUGAUUUACGAUUGGGGUGAACAUAUAGCGAUCUCCCAUGGGGGACUAUGUCUGCUGUUGUAACCUGUUUACUAUUUAACAUUUAGGUAGUAUGUAACAGUGUUAGAACUCUGUUUAGCAAUGCAAAAUACUAAUAAAAAAAUAAAAAAUAAAAAAAUAAUAAAUAGCAGCUGUUCUUUGGUCUUGGCCCGUAACACAAGCCAAAACCAAUUCAUUGUAUUUCCUGUUUUCAGACGUGUUCUCGCUGCCAUAACCCAGGUGCCACUUUGGGCUGCUUCUUCAAGGGAUGCCCCAACAAGUAUCACUACAGGUGUUCUCUACAGUCAGGUGAGUCUCCUCCUCUGUCCUUAUCCGCUGCUGGGACCAUCAGGUGAGUCUCCUCCUCUGUCCUUAUCCCCUGCUGGGACCAUGAGGUGAGUCUCCUCAUCUGUCCUUAUCCCCUGCUGGCACCAUCAGGUGAGUCUCCUCCUCUGUCCUUAUCCCCUGCUGGGACCAUCAGGUGAGUCUCCUCCUCUGUCCUUAUCCCCUGCUGGGACCAUCAGGUGAGUCUCCUCCUCUGUCCUUAUCCCCUGCUGGGACCAUCAGGUGAGUCUCCUCCUCUGUCCUUAUCCGCUGCUGGGACCAUCAGGUGAGUCUCUUCCUCUGUCCUUAUCCGCUGCUGGGACCAUCAGGUGAGUCUCUUCCUCUGUCCUUAUCCGCUGCUGGGACCAUCAGGUGAGUCUCUUCCUCUGUCCUUAUCCGCUGCUGGGACCAUCAGGUGAGUCUCCUCCUCUGUCCUUAUCCCCUGCUGGGACCAUCAGGUGAGUCUCCUCCUCUGUCCUUAUCCCCUGCUGGGACCAUCAGGUGAGUGUCCUCCUCUGUCCUUAUCCCCUGCUGGGACCAUCAGGUGAGUCUCCUCCUCUGUCCUUAUCCCCUGCUGGGACCAUCAGGUGAGUGUCCUCCUCUGUCCUUAUCCCCUGCUGGGACCAUCAGGUGAGUCUCCUCCUCUGUCCUUAUCCCCUGCUGGGACCAUCAGGUGAGUCUCUUCCUCUGUCCUUAUCCCCUGCUGGGACCAUCAGGUGAGUCUCUUCCUCUGUCCUUAUCCGCUGCUGGGACCAUCAGGUGAGUCUCCUCCUCUGUCCUUAUCCGCUGCUGGGACAAUCAGGUGAGUCUCCUCCUCGGUCUCAGCAGGGGAUGGGGACAAUCAGGUGAGUCUCCUUGUCUCACAAAUUUGACUUGAGACUCGACUUGAUAGAAAAUAAAAUAAUUUGAGACUUGACUUGGAGCCUCAAGACUCUGGACUUAUUUUGUGGCACAGAGCCUCUGUGGAUUACUCUCCACGCAGCAAGAGGCAGUAGCCGCAGCGUCGCCUUUGCAAUAAAAAGUGCAACAGAUUGGCUAGUGAAACGCACACUCUGAACUCUGAUUGGACCAGCAAACUGUCAAUCAACAAAGGUCGGGUGAGCCAGAGAACAGAUUGCUGAUUUGCUGUAGGAUUGGGUGCAGAGCAAAUGCCAUAAUAAAUAUUAUCUUCUCUCCUCUUCCCCUCUCCUCUUCUUCUCUUCUCUCCUCUUCCCCUCUCCUCUUCUUCUCUUCUCUCCUCUACCCCUUCUCUCCUCUUCCCCUCUCCUCUUCCUCUUCUCUCCUCUCCCCCUCAUCUUCUCUCCUCUUCCCCUCCUCUUCUCUCCUCUUCCCCUCUCCUCCUCUUCCUCUCCUCUCCUCUUCUUCCUUCUCUCUCCCUCCCCCCUUCUCCCUCCUUUUCCUUCUCCCUCCUCCCUCCUCUUCCCCUCUCCCUCUCCUCUUCCCCUCUCCCUUCCCCUCUCCCUCCCCCUCUCUCCUCUCCCUUCCCCUCUCCCCUUCCCCUCCCUCUCCCCCCCUUCCCCUUUCCCCCUUUCCCCCUUCCCCUUUCCCCCUCCCCCUUCCCCUUCCCCUCUCUCCCCUUCCCCUCUCCUCUUCCCCUUCCCCCUCUCCUCUCCCCUUCCCCUCUUCCCCUUCCCCUUUCCCCUUCCCCGCCCCUCUCCCCCUUCCCCUCUCCCUCUCCUCUUUCCCCUCUCCUCUUCCCCUUCCCCUCCUCUUCCCCUUCCCCUCUCCUUUUCCCUUUUCCCCUUCCCCUCUUCCCCUUCCCCUCUUCCCCUUCCCCUCUUCCCCUUCCCCUCUCCCCUUCCCCUCUUCCCCUUCCCCUCUUCCCCUCUCCCCUUCCCCUCCCCCCCCUCCCCUUCCCCCUCCCCUCUCCUCUUCCCCUCUUCCUCUUCCCCUCUCCCCUUCCCCUCUCCCCUUCCCCUCUCCCCUUCCCCUUUCCCCUCUCCCUUCCCCUCUCCCUUCCCCCUCUCCCCCCUCCCCCUUCCCCUCUCCCCCCUUUCCCCCUUUCCCCUCUCCUCUUCCCCUCUCCUCCCUCUUCCCCUCCCUUCCCCUCCCUCUCCCUUUCCCCUCCCCUUCCCUCUUCCCUUCUCCUCUCCCCCUCCCUCUUCUCCCCCUCCCCUCCCUUUUCCUCCCGCCCUCCCCCCUUCCCCUCUCCUCUUCCCCUCUUUCCCUUCCCCUCUCCUCCCCUUCCCCUCCCCCUUCCCCUCUCCCCUUCCCCUUUUCCCCUUCCCCUCUCCCCCUUUCCCCUUCCCCUUUCCCCUCUCCCCUUCCCCUCUCCCCUGCCCCCUCUCCCCUCUCCCUUCCCCUUCCCCCCUCUCCUUCCCUCCCCUCUCCCCUCUCCUCUUCCCCUCUCCCCUUCCUCCUCUUCCCUUCCCCCUCCCCUUCCCCCCUUCCCCUUCCCUUCCCCUUCCCCGCUUCCCCUCUCCCCUCUCCCUUCCCCUUCCCCUCUCCCCUUCCCCUUCCCCUUCCCCCUCCCCUCUCCUCUCCCCUCUCCUCCCCUCUCCCCUUCCCCGCUCCCCUCCCCUCUCCCCUUCCCUCUUCCCCUCCCCUCUGCCCCCUUCCCCUUCCCCUUCCCCUCCCCCUUACCUCUUCCCCUUCCCCUUCCCCGUCCCCCUCCCCUCCCUCUUCCCCUUCCCCCUCUCCUCCCCUCCCUCUCCCUUCCCCUUCCCCGCUCUCCUCCCCCUUCCCCUCUCCUCUUCCCCCUUCCCUCUCCCCUCCCCGUCCCCCCCCCCCCUCCCCUCUCCCCUCCCCCUUCCCCUCCCUCUCCUCUUCCCCUCCCCCUCUCGCCCUCUCCCCCUUCCCCUUCCCCUCCCCCUCACCCCUCCCCUCCCCUCCCGUCCCCCUUCCCCUCUCCCUCCCCUUCCCCUCCCCUCUCCUCUCCUCCCUUCCCUCUCCUCUUCCCCUUCCCCCCUGCCCCCUCCCCCCCCCCUCUCCCCUUCCUUCCCCCUUCCCCCUCCUCUUCCCUUCUCCUCUCCUCUCCUCUUCUCCUCUCUCUCCUCUCUCCUCUUCUUUCCUUUCCUGUCCUCUUCCCCCUCUCCUCUUCCCCCCUCAUCUUCUCUCCUCUUCCCCUCUGCUCCUCUCCCCCUCUGCUCCUCUCUUCUUCCUCUCUGCUCCUCUUCCUCUCUGCUGUCAAAACAACAUCACAAUGACAUGACGCUGAGGGCAAAGCAAUGCACCACUUCUAGUGGAGCUGAAGUGUUAAGGAGAGGGCCUGUGACUGCAGUCUGUCGCGUGCCAAGACUUUCAGAUGGGACCUGGUUGCAAUCAAUCUAGAAGUUUGAGCCACCUCAGUGACUGAUGAAUGUUGUUCGUAGUCAGUUCUGAGACGUGAUUUAUCAUAAUGUUGCUUUACAUCUUAUUAGAACAGACAGUCUGUCUGGUUAGGUGGGUUUAGUGUUAUGAAACCAAUAACUAGCCUACUCAUUUUGCUGCACUCAUUAUGUCUAGGGGUCUUAGUCCUAGUUACAUGGUCUGUAACCUGACUCAUUAUGUCUAGGGGUCUUAGUCCUAGUUACAUGGUCUGUAACCUGACUCAUUAUGUCUAGGGGUCUUAGUCCUAGUUACAUGGUCUGUAACCUGACUCAUUAUGUCUAGGGGUCUUAGUCCUAGUUACAUGGUCUGUAACCGACUCAUUAUGUCUAGGGUCUUAGUCCUAGUUACAUGGUCUGUACCUGACUCAUUAUGUCUAGGGGUCUUAGUCCUAGUUACAUGGUCUGUAACCUGACUCAUUAUGUCUAGGGGCCUUAGUCCUGGUUACAUGGUCUGUAACCUGACUCAUUAUGUCUAGGGGGUCUUAGUCCUGGUUACAUGGUCUGGAACCUGACUCAUUACGUCUAGGGGUCUUAGUCCUAGUUACAUGGUCUGUAACCUGACUCAUUAUGUCUAGGGGGUCUUAGUCCUGGUUACAUGGUCUGGAACCUGACUCAUUACGUCUAGGGGUCUUAGUCCUAGUUACAUGGUCUGUAACCUGACUCAUUAUGUCUAGGGGUCUUAGUCCUAGUUACAUGGUCUGUAACCUGACUCAUUAUGUCUAGGGGUCUUAGUCCUGGUUACAUGGUCUGUAACCUGACUCAUUAUGUCUAGGGGGUCUUAGUCCUGGUUACAUGGUCUGUAACCUGACUCAUUAUGUCUAGGGGUCUUAGUCCUAGUUACAUGGUCUGUAACCUGACUCAUUAUGUCUAGAGGUCUUAGUCCUAGUUACAUGGUCUGUAACCUGACUCAUUAUGUCUAGGGGGUCUUAGUACUAGUUACAUGGUCUGUAACCUGACUCAUUAUGUCUAGGGGGUCUUAGUCCUAGUUACAUGGUCUGUAACCUGACUCAUUAUGUCUAGGGGUCUUAGUCCUAGUUACAUGGUCUGUAACCUGACUCAUUAUGUCUAGGGGCCUUAGUCCUAGUUACAUGGUCUGUAACCUGACUCAUUAUGUCUAGGGGUCUUAGUCCUAGUUACAUGGUCUGUAACCUGACUCAUUAUGUCUAGGGGUCUUAGUCCUAGUUACAUGGUCUGUAACCUGACUCAUUAUGUCUAGGGGUCUUAGUCCUAGUUACAUGGUCUGUAACCUGAAUGAAUGUGUGCAUUUGUGUGAAAUCAGCUUAUGCGACCAGGUGUUGAAUGUACAUGUGCCCAGGGAGAGGGCAACCUUACCUUGGUCCAGGGCCAGCUCUGUCUCUCUUGACCUCGUGGUCGGCCAGUCCAAGUGGAUUAUUUGUUCAGAUGGUGACGAAACAUUAAAUAUGUACACAAAGGCGUGCCGAAUCUAAAGCUUCAAAACCCAAGGAAAGGCCCCAGGGCCACCAAACCCAACCAGCAGCCCCAGGGCCACCAAACCCAACCAGGCCCCAGGGCCACCAAACCCAACCAGCAGCCUCACGGCUUGCCAGCUGGGACACUGACUGGCCCUUAUUGGCAGCACCGGAUGUGCUUAUCAUGCCCUGGCUCAGCAACUAGACCCAGUUGCUGCCACCUGGGGGAUGGCGUUUGGAAGUGUAUCUUGAAUAGUGUGUUUGUCUGUGUCCUAACACUAACCCCACCCCAUAUUAUAACACUAGUACUGUGGUUGUAAAACGGCAAUGCCAUCCCAGCUCCACGGGCGUGCCCUGUGUAUGUGUGUUGUGUAAAUAGCUGUUCUGUGUUGUAGCCUCUAUCUGUUGGGAUGUGUGGAGGCUGGUUCAGCUGCUGUUUUGCUGUCUGAUGAAUCACCGACUGUCUUCAUUUAGCCAAUCAUUCUUCUCCCCACAGACUGUGUCCUCAAUGAAGAGAACUUCUCCAUGAAAUGCACCAAGCACAAGGUAUGGAGGGUUGAUUUUAAUUGAAGUGACUGGUAGGUUUGAUCCUUACUAAGCUGAUCUCAUUCACUCACUCCGUUGCUGUCAGUGUUUUUUCUGUCUCACUGUCUCAUUGAUUGUCUUUGUGAAAGAGUUUGCUGUCACGGAGCCAACAAUUUUAGCAAUCCUCCGUUUUAUGAUUUUAUUGUGCAUCGCUGAGAUGAGGUAUGGCUUGCUUCAGUUCAGCGUUGCUUCAUGCUCACGCUGACUACACAGCUCUACUGCAUGCUCUGUACGGUCCCACAAAAAUCAGAGUGAACGUUGGGAUUGGAUUUCUCCAGCACUCACCCACUGUGAUGAUUGUAGUGCACAGGGAUCUCCUUUCACUGUUCCGGUUUGGUUUCACUGUGUGUUACUGGGAUUUACUGCGUGUCUGUUCCUCCCCAGAACAAGUCAUUCCAGGGCCCUUCUAGGAGCAGAAGAGAUGACUGGUGACGUAACCAGAAGACAGACUUGACAUGGUUAGUUGCUGUUUUUUUUACAUUUAUACACAACAACAACAACACCUCUCUUCUGGUCGUCGUCCACUUUUAUUUCAGCAUUACUGAUCUGCACGUGCGUCACACAUCUGUAUAUGUUUUGACAUAUUCUAACAUUCUUUGAUCACAAUGAUGGUAAAAGGACAUUUAUGUUUAUAUCCAAAGUGCUAAAUGUUAGAAUCUCUUUGUUUGGAAACAUUACAUUUUAGUCAUUUAGCAGAUGCUCUUAUCCAGAGCGACUUACAGUUAGUGAGUGCAUACAUUUUUCAUACUGAAUGAGUGUUUUUUUUUUUUUUUUUUUUCUGUUCCAGACGUCAUUCAUCUGUGGCGUUACACGGGGUUUCCCCUGUGAGCCUGGUAACCGUGGCGACACUAACUGUCCUCGGAUUGAUUGACAGCUGGGCUGGGGCUGAAGGCAAAACACCCACAAACCUUAACUGGCUCUCUACGCCUCGGCUACCUGUCCUCUUAUCUCCACCACAUAAAAGCACUGCUAAGACUAAGCAGGAGACCAAGGCUGUCCUAAUGUUCUGCUACCUUUCAGUCCUUCUCGUGGUUCUGGACUAACUGGCAACGGUGGCUACUAAAUGGGCCAAUGACUGAACAGAACCGAGGAGGUUGGGAGCGGGGCCCAAAGCCAAUGUCCGUCACCAUUCGAUUGAAGAGAAAUGUUUUCAUGUUGCUUAUGGCUAAACGCGUGCUAUCGCUUUGUAAUUAUUUAUUAGGAAAAAGGAUGCUCUCCCUUUUUUUAAAAAUUGAAUUGUUGAUCAAACAAUUGGAGAUAUUUUAUUUUGUAAAGCUUUCAAAGUAUGUGAUUUAUAUUUUUGCUUAUUUAUUUUUUGGGGUAUCUUGUGGCUUUAGUUUUUAUUUAGCAAUUCACCUGGAGGUGUGUUUCGUAUGCGUCUUAAGUUAUGAGUAAGAACCCUGAUGAUGAAGACUCCACUUGGUAGAGGAACUGGUGGUCGUAUAGCAGCAGUGCAGAAUGGUCUAGUAUUCAGAUCGACCACAAGUUUAUCGACAGAACCAUAUCUGAUUACAAUACAGGUACCUGAUAUCUAUUCAUGAAGACCAUACUUUGCUAAAUUGACAGGUUUAUUCUCAUGUGAUGAAAAUAAUGCCAGAUUCAUCUGAUUUUAGUUCUGGGGGUGAGAAGAGGCGUGCUUUUCAACUGAUUUUACUUGCACUU